AUGUCCAGGAAUUCACUGGGUCCACUCGUCCUUCUAAACUUAACGCUGAAUGCUCAACGCUACAAGACGAUUCUGGAGAAUGAUCUUCUACCGUUUUCGACCGCAAAUAUGGGCCAAGGUUGGUUGUUGUACCAGGACAAUGCCCCGUGCCACAAGUCACAGCUGCUGAUGGGACGCCGUGUUCGACUCGCCAAUGGAGGAACGGCUCUGGUGCCAGGAUGGUUCAAAGUAAACCGUGUUCAACUUGUGUCUGCUUCUCCCUAUAGUCCUGAUUUGAAUGUGAUCGAGAACAUAUGGGCGUUUGUGAAGUCGAAAUUGAAGGGGAAACUAUUCGGAUCAAAAGUGGAGCUUUGGUACUUCAUCCGUCGAGUCUGGACAACUAUUGGACCCCAAAUUCUACGUGAUCUGGUUGACAGCAUGUCAAGGAGAAUUCAAGCAGUAAUUGCGGCUCGCGGAGGACCUACUAAGUAU